AUGGCCAGUGGAUCCAAGCAGGGCAACGAUGGCAGAGAAGGCUUGGACCCAAAACGGCGUCGGUGCCUCCUCGAAGAUCCCGAUGUGCAGGCUUUGCUGCGGGAGGAAGGCCAGAAGCGCGAUGCUCUGCCACCUCUCCUCCAGGAAACGUUCUAUGUGAAUGAUCCAAUCCAUGGUUUGAUCUGCCUGCCUGGGGUCGUGAAGCUUUUCGUGGACUCCAUGGAGUUUCAGCGCAUGCGCUUCAUUAAGCAGCUGGGCAUCUGCGAAUGGGUGUUUCCAGGCGCAACGCACAACAGAUUCUUCCACUCCAUUGGCACGGCCUACCUUUCUUGGGAGAUGAUCCGCGGGCUUCAGAGCCGCCAGCCGGAGUUACAGAUCUCGAACCGCGAUCUCGCCUGCGUAACUUUGGCAGGCCUUUGCCACGAUCUCGGGCACCCGUGCUUCUCCCACAUGUUCGAGGUCUUCAUGCACCAGCUGGGCCACGAGAGGUGGAGCCACGAACAGGCCUCCGUCGUUCUCGUCAAGGAGUUGCUGAGGCGCUUUUGGCCACGGCUGUCUUCAGAGCUGGGCCUCGGCUCUGAUGCGGAGGGAGACGACCAGCAGCUCAUCCAGGAGCUCAUCGAUCCUCCGAAGGCCGAGAUGGAGAAGCUGAAGGAGGGCAAGAGGCUGAAGGAGGAGUGGGCCAGCGUCCUCAAGGGGCGGACUGUGGACAAGGCAUGGAUUUACGAGAUCGUUAGCAACUGGCGGACGGGCAUCGACGUCGACAAGUUCGACUAUUUCAGGCGCGAUGCCCUCUUCCUCGGUAUUGGUCGGCAGCACGAUCACAACCGCUACAUGAAGUCCGUCAAGGUGAUCGUGGACGAGGACGGGCUGACAACCAUCUCGCCGCCGGAGAAGGACAAGGACCACAUCAGGGAGAACAUUUUGGAGCUACGCAAGACACUGCAUCGGUUCGCCUACCAGCACAAGACGGUGAAGAAGUUGGAGCAGCACAUGAUUGACAUUCUGAUGCUUUUCAACAAGCAUGCCACGGUGACUGGAACAAACAACCGCCGAAUGACCAUCGCGGAAGCUGCCCUUGAAGUGGACCUCGUGGCGUACCCCAAGCUCACAGACAUGCUGGUGGAGACCAGGCUGCUGGAAGCAGAGGAGGAAGGCCUGAAAGCAGCCUGCCAGUUGUAUCAGAAGACCUUCAUCCAGAGGAAGCUGAUGAGAAACGUCCUGAUCUGGUGGCUGCCUCCUGCAGAGGAAGUCGCACAGCGCCUUCCCACUACGCAGCAGUUCCUUCGUGAGAUGUGGGAGCUGUACGACCAAUCCGGCCCAUCCAGGCCAUCCAGAGACUUUGCCAGAGAUGAAGUGCGAUGCGUAGAUGCGAAGCUCCACUACGGCAUGAAGCAGGUGGACCCGAUCAAGAAGAUUGUCUUCCAUGACAAGCAAGGGCAGCCACGCCUUUUCGAGGAUCAUGAUGCAAAUCCACUGCGUCAGAAGUUCUUUGUGCUCUGGAGCCCCCCCGACGAGUUGGAGCAAUCGGACGUGCCGCAAAGGCUGUCCAUGGCAGCCAUGGGGGUGGCAUCGAAGUACACCACGGAGCCGGAGACAACGCCCGUCUCUCCGCUUCGGCGCAAAAGCAGGUCCGGCGACCUCGAGGCGUCGCCGCCGCCUUCCACGCCCAAGGUCCGGCUUCGGCAGAAGAGGCAGCUGCAGGUGGAGUCCUCCUAUCCUGUGAGUACGGAGAUCUUCGAGAGGAAGCUGGAUUGA